AGAUUCGGGUAAUAAUAAUAAUAAUAAUAAUAAUAAUAAUAAUAAUAAAUUGUUAAAAAAAAAAAGAAAGAAAAGUCAGAUUUCAUCACCAGCUUCAAAUUCACUCCAGCAUUAUUAAAGUAGAAGCCAAUUGACACAAGCAAAGACUCAGACUGAGACAGUGUGUGCAAGGAAAAAAGAAAAGAAAAGAAAAAAAUAAAAAAAAUGUGUGUGAAUUCCAUAUCCAUCUUCCUCUUCCUCACUUCAGCUCUAUGCUUCUCAUCACUAUCUUCAUUUACAGUUGCAGAGAAUGAGAACUCAGCUGGGCUUGCCAUGAACUAUUACAAGGACACGUGUCCACAAGCAGAGGACAUCAUAAAAGAGCAAGUCCAGCUUCUAUACAAGCGCCACAAGAACACCGCUUUCUCCUGGCUCAGGAACAUCUUCCAUGACUGCUUUGUUGAGUCAUGUGAUGCAUCUCUUUUGCUGGACUCGACGAGGAGAAUGCUGUCGGAGAAGGAGACAGAUAGAAGCUUCGGAAUGAGGAAUUUCAGGUACAUAGAGACGAUUAAGGAGGCUCUUGAAAGAGAGUGCCCAGGCAUUGUUUCGUGCUCGGAUAUUCUUGUGUUGUCCGCCCGAGAUGGCAUUGUUGCUCUUGGAGGGCCACAUAUCCCACUUAAAACAGGAAGAAGAGAUGGUCGGAAAAGCAGAGCAGAUAUAUUAGAGCAGCAUUUACCAGACCACAAUGAGAGCAUGAGUGUUGUUCUCGACCGCUUUGCAAACAUAGGCAUCAACACCCCUGGAGUAGUUGCGUUGCUCGGGGCCCACAGCGUGGGCCGAACCCACUGCGUGAAGCUGGUCCACAGGCUCUAUCCAGAAGUGGACCCCACACUAAACCCAGGCCACGUGGAGCACAUGCUGUACAAGUGUCCUGAUGCAAUACCCGACCCAAAGGCCGUGCAGUACGUGAGGAAUGAUCGUGGCACGCCAAUGAAGCUCGACAAUAACUACUAUCGAAACAUACUCGAUAACAAAGGUCUCCUGAUCGUUGACCACCAGCUGGCAACCGAUAAACGGACCAAGCCUUUUGUUAAGAAGAUGGCCAAGAGGGAGGAUUAUUUCUUUAAGGAGUUUGCAAGGGCUAUUACGAUUCUGUCAGAGAAUAAUCCGCUCACCGGGACUAAAGGUGAGAUUAGGAAGCAGUGUAAUGUUGCCAACAAGCUGCAUUGAAGUAAAUGGCGAGUGAUAAGUGGGGCAAAGCAAGAAUAAGACUGUGUUUCUAUGAAUGAAUGAAUGGUCGUCAGUGAAUGGCAAGAAAUUAGUAGUGAUGUUAAAUCUAAAUUAAUUAUGUGUUCUGUUUUGUGUUUUUUUGCAUGCUUGUGCUUUUUCCUUUUUCAGGGUUUGCUUUAUGUGGGGUUCAUGGGUGUGGAGAGUGAGUGAGUGCUAUUUGUAUGGUGUAUGAAUGUUGAAUGUUUAAAGCAAGGCCUGUGUAAAUAUUAUCUAUCUAUCUAUGUGUAUAUCUCACUUUCCAAAGAGAGAUUCUAGCAGGAGAGAUGAUGAUCAACGAAAACCACAGGACUGCAAACGCACCGAGCCGCUCGCGAGCGCUCGAGUCAAAGCUUGACUUGAGCUCGAGUUUGACCGAACUCGAGUCGAGCU